AUGCGUGUUGUACUCACGGCCAUUAUUCCAUGGGAUUACGCUUCACAAGGCUCUUCUCAACGUAAACAAUACAAAGAACGAAGCGAAAAGGAGGAAGAAGUAAUGGAGUUCGAAGCGAUUUACCUAUCGGAGAAGGUCCGGUGCCUCCUCAAGCGCAGUGAAGCGAUGACAAACCAGAGAUCUUCAGGGCUGGCUGUAAGCAUAAAGUGUUGGUCUGAAGGGCAGCCUUGGUUUUGUCAAAAUCAUGGCUUAAAGGCAACAAUCAUUGAGCAUUGGUACUUUUGUAAUGGCCAUGAUGUAACGUUCUUCUUGAAAUCCAAUGACGAAUCCCCAUAUAUUCAAAUCAAGUUUCUUCAAAAAAACAAUUCAUAUUCUUCUCUUGAUUUUGUAUUAUGUAACUUCCUUUUCAUGGUGAUGCAGUGA